CUGAUAGAAGGCGCUGCUGGCUGCGUCCUCGCCUUUUCCUCUGGAGGUGUUGCGCCGGGAGAAGCUGCUACUCAACCCCGGCCAGGCUCCGAGCGGCUUUUCUCUCUCGCUCUCCGGCGGUCCUUAAGGGAGAAACCUGGCGCUUGGGCAUCGCUGCGAAAGGGCCCGGGAGGCGGUUCCGAAAGACGCGAUGAAGAUGCUGGGUUCGCCUUGGACUCGAUUCUACUCCAACAGCUGCUGCUUGUGCUGUCACGUCCGCACGGGGACCAUAAUCCUGGGAAUCUGGUAUUUGAUCCUCAAUGCAGUGGUUCUGCUGAUUAUAUUGAGCGCCUUGACAGAUCCUGGCCAGUAUCACUUAGCGGGUACUGAAUUAAGCAAUGAGUUUGAAUUUAUGGAUGAUGCCAAUAUGUGUAUUGCAACGGCAGUCUCUCUUCUCAUGAUUCUCAUUUGUGCGAUGGCCACCUACGGUGCAUAUAAGCAACAUGCGGCCUGGAUCAUCCCUUUCUUCUGUUACCAAAUCUUUGAUUUUGCACUCAACACUUUAGUUGCUAUCAGCAUACUGGUUUAUCCAAAUACUGUUCGGGAUUAUCUGCAGCAACUGCCUGCAAAUUUCCCCUACAAGGAAGAUAUUAUGUCAAUGAAUUCGAUCUGCUUAAUUGUGAUUCUUCUCCUUUGUUUAAGUAUCACAUUGGCUUUCAAGGCUUACUUGAUCAGUUGUGUAUGGAACUGUUAUCGCUACAUUAAUAACAGGAACAACUCUGAUGUCCUGGUCUACAUCACCACUAAUGACACAGCGGUGCUGUUGCCAUCAUAUGAUGACUCUGCAAAUGGCCCAGGGAAAGAUGCCCCACCGCCUCCUUAUGCAGCUGCAUAAGUGUGAUGUGUACCUAAAAAAUCAAUUAUACUAUUUUUCAGAUCAUCCAAGCAAUAUAUCCUUUCACUUGCAAGAUGGACCUGCAAGAUCCCAGAUUUAUUUAUAGAUUAUUUUCAAAAUCUGUUUUGUGUUUUCUUGUUUUGCCUAAAGCAUUACUGAACUGGCUUAAUUUAGCAAAGUAUACUAUAAUCGCAUUGUAGGGUUUUUUUCCUUCAUGUAAGAUGUAUUUUUAUUCCCGCCACACCUAAUGUGGAAGUUUUGCUAGUUUAAAUGGCAGAAUUUUCAAGUCAGUUUUAAGAAUCGUGUCUCAAUUUACAAUCCUCAACUGGAUUUAGAUUUACCUUUCCGUUAAUCUAGAUCAGGAGUGGGUUGCUUCCAGUUUUACUACUGGUUUGCAACCCGCGCAACAUGUACGCUGCACAGGUGUGCGCUGUUCAAUGUAAAUUGUUCUUCGUGCAUGCGCAGAACAAUUUACAGUGAACUGCACACAGACAGUCACUAAAAACCAAAAUGAUUGGGGCACAGUGGUGGUGAGGCAACCAGUUUGGCGGCAUGGCAGGCCUGGAUCGCUGCCGGUUCUGCAACCCAGGCCUGAAUUCCACUAUCGGUUCGGCCGAACCAGGCCAAACUGGGAGCAAUCCACCUCUGAUACAGAUACAGGCAAACUAUAGGUCACAUAAUCCUCCCCCAUCUUAUAUCACAAUGUGGCUAUUGGGUAGCAAAAUAGCCAAAUUUCAAAGGAAUUUCAGACUGUAGGGUUUGUAAGGAUAGGAAUAAAGUUAUCUAUCUCCCUCCCGCAUAAAUAGGGAUUUAUGAGGCAUGGUGGCGCAGUGGUUAGAGUGCAGUACUGCAGGCUACUUCUGCUGAAUGCUGACUGCUGGCUGCCAGCAAU